ACAGCGUGAACAACCUGAAAGGUCAACAGAACCUGCUCGGACAACCGAGCUCGAAGAGAGAACCAGAGUUCUCGAAAUGGCAAUGGGAAGAAUCCUUGCCCGCUUAAUCCCUAAUGACCCCCUGAUUCCUUUGCUGAACAGGGAUGCACAACCAGCUGCGGUUGUUGCAACUAGAAACUCCCUCGCUCUAAGCAAUAUAGUAGUGCCGACCAAGCCGAGGGGAAGUGGGAAGUUGAAUAUCGAGCCCAGCUCGUCCAAAUACAGUGAAGAAUUGAUGAGAAAGAACGCAGACCUUGAAAGGCAACUGCGGGAUGUACAGAACUCCAUUGACGAGCUGAAAAGCCCCCGGUCGCAUCAGCAGACUUUGGAUUUGGAUAGUGCUCCGCUGAACCUAUCCAUCACGGCAGAGCCAUAUCAAGAGGGAUUCAAAAUUCCCCACCUAGAGACAUAUGAUGGCACGAAAGACCCGGAUGAACAUCUACACACCUAUCAAGCCAUCAUGAGGAUUCAAAACGCUAAUGAUGCCAUGAUGUGCAAAGUGUUCCCGGCGACACUGAAAUCAAUAGCCCGAAGAUGGUAUCACAAACUCCCCAGGCAUUCAAUAGAUUCAUUUUCCCAGCUCGCCAAGUCGUUCUCUAACAAAUUUGCAAGCCAAAGGGAGAUCAAGCGCACAGCAACGGAGCUGAUGCAAGUUAGCCAGAAGGAAGGGGAGUCCUUGAGGGAUUACAUGCAGCGGUUCAACAAAGCCACAUUGGACAUUGAUAAUGUCCCAGACACGAUCUGCCUGUCCGCCCUAUUGCAUGGGUUGAAGCGUGGCCGGUUCCUAGACGACCUGCUUGAAAACCCACCGAAGACGUGGAACGAGGUGAAUGACAGGUCGGCCAGCUUUAUACUAUCAGAGGACUUUCAGUCGUCUAAGCGACGAGCUGAUGAUAAGUCGAGCAGAGGCCAAGAACAACAACUGAGAAGAGAAGAAAAGAAGAAGCAGAAGGUGGGUGAGCAAUGGGGGAAACCAGCUAAGUUCCCAAAAUAUGCCAGUUACAUUCCUUUGACCUUACCCAGGUCUCAAAUCCUAGCACAAAUUCAGCACUGGGUUCGGAGACCUCCACCCCCACUACAUGACUCCCCGAGGGCAGAUAAGAGCAAGCAUUGUGACUACCACCGUGUAUAUGGUCACAAUACCGAGGACUGCCAACACUUGAAGGACGAGUUAGAGUUUUUGGCUUGUAACGGGAAGCUAGAAGGGUAUGUUCAGAAGCCUCACACCCAGCAACCCACUCAAACCCAUUUUGUGCAGGCGUAUGACCGACCUCAAGGACAGAGGUACCAGCAGGGAGGGACGCAGGAUGCAUAUCAGGAUAACCAGUAUCCUUCUGAACAGAGCAGAGCGUACCGAGGACGUCCUUUCAACAGGAGAGGGCAGGGACCGAGAACUACUGCUCCGAAUCAAAAAGACAGAAAAGGGGUAGGUUAUGCUGGGAUACCCCCACCUUCUGGUACAAUAAACAUGAUAUCGGGUGGUGUUCACUCUGGGGGCCAAAGCGCCCAAGCUCGUAAGGCAUAUGCCCGACAGGUAAUGACCAUCAACAAAAACAGACCCUUGAAACGACCGUUUGAGGAAGCAGAAUGGGAAAAUACGCCCAUCACAUUCAGCCCGGCAGAUUACAAGCGAGCAGAAGGAGAGCCGGACAUUAUGAUGCCCCACGCAAAUCCCUUUGUGACAACAGUUCAUAUAGGCAAUCAUAAUGUCAAUAAGGUGUUUAUUGACACUGGCAGUUCGCUAGAUAUCUUGUAUUGGGGUUGCUUCCAGAAGAUGCAGCUAAAUCCGAGCUCGUUGCAGAAGCACGAAGGACCAAUAUACGGGUUCGAUAACCAGCCCGUCCCUGUUGAGGGAGUUAUUACUCUUCCUAUAUAUGUGGGCUCAGAACCGCGCUUCAGGAUGGCUUCGGUCACCUUCUUGGUCUUCCCAACUCCGCAAGGGGUGGGAGUGCUGAAGGGGAACCAGAAAAUGGCCAGGGCAUGUUAUCAGGAUACGUUUAAGAAGGUUGAGCUCGCUGUAGCCCCUGGAGGAUCUGAAAGUAGUAGGCCGACUCAGCCCGGACAGCAGACAAUGAGCAUAUCGGACAUUGAGCAUAGGCCCGAGGGUGUCGAGCAGAAAGCAGAGCCGGUAGAGCCAGUGGAAACUGUUCCUUUAAACCCUGAUGUGCCGAAAAGAACAGUAAAGAUAGGCACCAAACUCACAGAAGAAGAACGAGCAGAGCUUCUGAAGUUCUUGAGGGUCAAUCAAGAUGUGUUCGCGUGGACUACUGAUGAAAUGCCUGGCAUCCCGGCAGAGUUAACAGUCCACAAACUCAGCACAGAUCCUACCAGAAGGCCGAUGGUGCAGAAACGGCGCCUUUUUGGCCCAGAGAAACAAGCCGCCAUAGACGAGGAGAUACAAAAGCUGUUACAGGCAGGUUUCAUUAGAAGAGUGGAGUACUCCGAGUGGGUGUCCAACCCUGUGCUCGUCAAAAAGCCAAAUGGCAAGUGGAGGAUGUGUAUUGAUUUCACCAACCUCAAUGAUGCGUGUCCAAAGGACCCUCAUCCCUUGCCAAACGUUGAGAAGUUAGUGGAGCGGGCAGCUGGGCAUGAACGGAUGAGUUUUCUUGACGCCAGCUCGGGCUAUCACCAGGUUCAGCUGCUGUUGGACGACCAGGAGAAAACAGCUUUCUACGCGGGGGACGCUAUCUACUGUUAUGUCAUGAUGCCAUUUGGCCUCAAAAAUGCUGAAGCAACAUACCAGAAGCUGGUGCAAAUCAUCUUUAAGCUCCAGAUCGGCAGGAACAUAGAAGUAUAUGUAGAUGACAUGAUAGUCAGCAGCGUGCGAGCUGAGGAUCACAUUAGCGACCUGGAUGAAACUUUUCAGAAUCUGCGCCGAGCACAAAUGAAGCUGAAUCCCUUGAAAUGCACAUUUGCCGUAGAGUCGGGAAAAUUCCUAGGAUACGUAGUAUCCAAGAAAGGAAUUGAGGUAAAUCCAGAAAAGGUUGAGGCCGUUCAGCAAAUGGAGCCACCAAGAACUGUCAAAGACGUGCAGCGUUUGACAGGCCGUGUUGCUGCGCUGCACAGGUUUGUAGCCAGAUCGGCAGAAAGAUGCCUUCCGUUUUUCAAAGCUCUCCGGGAGCCUAAGAACUUCCAGUGGACUAAUGAAUGUCAACAAGCAUUUGACGAGCUCAAACGAUAUUUGGCAUCCGCACCCCUGCUGUCCAAGCCUGUUGAGGGAGAAUGUUUAUAUCUUUAUCUGGGGGUGUUGCAAGGUGCCGAGCAGAACUACCCACUAGCAGAAAAAGCUGCUUUUGCCCUGGUUUACACAGCUUACCAGUCCGCUGCAAAGGUGAUUAAACGCAGGGCGGCACAUUUCACUGUGUUAGAUAACCAGCUCUACAAGCGAGCAGCCUCAAUGCCCCUAUUACGCUGCCUUACUCCUUACGAGGCUGAAUACGCCCUGAGAAAAGUUCACGAGGGAGUAUGUGGCACGCACAUCGAUGGCAGAACUUUGGCUCGGAAACUACUGAGGCAUGGUUAUUACUGGCCCACUAUGGUCGAAGACGCACAGGACUAUGUCAAAAAGUGCCCGACCUGCCAGUUCAAUGCUGAUGAUAUCCACAUGCCAGGGGAAAUGCUAUCAUCUCUUACGUCUCCCUGGCCUUUUGCUCAAUGGGGGGUCGACCUGCUCGGUCCAUUCGUCAAAGGCAAAAGAGGCUGCAUUUUCCUGGUCGUUGCGGUGGAUUACUUCACCAAGUGGAUAGAAGCUAAACCAUUAUCCACGACAACAGAAAGGAAAAUCGAAGAAUUCUUGUUCAAUUCCAUAUUGUGCAGGUUCGGCAUACCUAAGCGGAUUAUCGCCGAUAAUGGGCCACAGUUCCGAGCCGCAGCACUGAGAUCGUUUUGUAACGACUAUGGCAUCGAGCUCACAAUGACAUCCGUGUAUACUCCACAAUCCAACGGGCAAGCUGAGUCCGCCAAUAAAAUCGUCUUGCGAGGCCUCAAGACACGCGUUUUGGCUGCGCAUUCUACUUGGGUUGACGAGCUCAACAAAGUGCUUUGGUCUUGUCGUACCACACCAAGCUCGGCCACGGGUGAAACCCCUUUCAGCCUGGCCUAUGGAGCUGAAGCCGUCAUCCCAGUAGAGGUUGGAUUGCUAUCCGAUCGAGCAGGCCGACAUGACGAUCUCAAGAAUGAGCAACUUUUGAGAGAAAACCUGGACUUCGUAGAAGAGGUCAGGGAGAUGUCUAGAAUAAGAAACGUGGCACAUCAAAACCGUGUUGCAAAAUUUUACAAUAAAAGGGUUCGAGCCCGCCAGUUUCAAGUUGGCGAUCUGGUUCUACGCAAGGCUGGGUUAACUAACACUCAUUCACACAUGGGUAAGCUCGCUCCUAAUUGGGAAGGUCCCUAUAUGGUGGUUCGGGUUAAGCGACCUGGCUCUUACGUGUUAGCAGAUAUACAUGGGCAACAGUUACCUUACCUUUGGAAUGUACAGAAUCUUAGGAAGUUUUACAGUUAAUGUGUGUUAUAUUAUUUCGCUUGAGGUACUAUCCAUCAGUUGUAAACAAAUGAUAUACCGAAAA